GACUCCACCACGUCUCCGAUGACGAAACAAACUUAUCGCUAUGCAACUCGCCAGUGCCUCUGUGCUACCAUGGUCCUCAAGUCAGCCAUAGAGCUUGACCUUCUCGAGAUCAUGGCCAAAGCUGGUCCUGAUGCUUUCCUUUCCCCUAAAGAAUUGGCUUCCCAGCUCCCCAACAACAACCCCGACGCACCGGUCAUGCUCGACCGCAUCUUGCGCCUCCUGACUACCUACUCCAUCCUCACUUGUUCCUUGCGCACCCUUCCCGAUGGAAAAAUAGAGAGACUCUAUGGUCUUGGCCCUGUUUGCAAAUUCUUAACUAAGAAUCAAGAUGGCGUCACUCUUUCUGCUCUCACUCUCAUGAAUCAAGACAAAGUUCUUAUGGAGAGCUGGUACUACUUGAAAGAUGCAGUGCUAGAAGGUGGCAUUCCCUUCAAUAAGGCCUAUGGUAUGAGCGCAUUCGAGUACCAUGGUACGGACCCUAGAUUCAACAAGGUUUUCAACAAUGGAAUGUCUAAUCAUUCCACCAUUGCCAUGAAGAAGAUUCUUGAGACCUAUGAUGGCUUUGAGGGACUUAAAACACUGGUCGACGUUGGUGGCGGUAUCGGCGCCUCACUGAAUAUGAUCGUCAACAAGUACCCUUCGAUAAAGGGCAUUAACUUCGAUUUGCCUCAUGUCAUCGAGGAUGCUCCAGCAUAUCCUGGUGUGGAGCAUUCUGGUGGAGACAUGUUUGAAAGUGUUCCAAAAGGAGACGCUAUCUUCAUGAAGUGGAUAUGUCACGACUGGAGCGAUGAACACUGUUCAAAAUUAUUGAAAAAGUGCUACGAAGCUUUGCCGGACAAUGGAAAAGUAAUUGUUGUAGAAUCCAUUCUUCCAGAUUACCCGGAUCCUAGCCUCACCACGAAGUUAGUUGCCCAUGUUGAUUGCAUCAUGUUGGCCCUCAAUCCUGGCGGGAAGGAGAGGACCGAGAAAGAAUUUGAGGCAUUGGCAAAGGGUGCAGGGUUUCAAGGUUUCCAAGUAAAAUGUUGUGCUUUUGGAACAUACAUCAUGGAGUUCCUCAAAAGAGUUUGAA